CCCCUGCACUCUUUCCAAACCGUGGCCUCAAUUGACGCGCACGGGCCAGGCUGUAGCAAUUAGGGGACAGAUCGGGCGACGUGCUCGCUAGGACAGCUUGGUGCUGUUGCUUGCUGGCCAAUUUCACCAACCGCGACGACUUUUGACUUUCUCUUUUUUCUUCGUCAUCAACCACCACCACCACUACUCAUCACCACAAUCACCUUCGACGCCUUUUCUUUCAGCCUUUUCGGCGUUUUCAAUUGAUUUUCUACCAAGUUUAAUCCCACACACCACACCACACCACACCACACCACACCACACCAACAAUGUCCUCCCCCCGCGCCUCCUCCCCCUCCUCUCCCACAGGCGGCCCAGCAGGCGUCGCAACCGGCGCCCGCCCGUCUUCCCCCCCCCCUCCAGGAGGCGCCCGCACCGCCAUCCGCCGCCGUGCUGCUGCCGACCAAAAGGAGAAGAUCGCCAAUGCCAGACCCAACAGCACCCGCGCUGCGGGCGCGGGAGGCUCGAGCAGCACCAUGCUGAGGCUGUAUACCGACGAGAGCCCCGGGCUCAAGGUUGAUCCGGUUGUUGUGCUGGUGUUGAGCUUGGUGUUUAUUUUUAGUGUGGUUGCUUUGCAUAUUAUCGCCAAGAUUACGAGGAAAUUCUCGAGCUAA